UUUAUGGAUUUAUGGGCGAAGUACUGUCCGGUGCCAGCAACUUGAAAGAAGAAGAAUCAGACGGGAGCGGCGCGGCGCGGCGCGGCGCGGCGCGACAGGACGGGAGACGGGACGCGAUUGGUGAUGGCCGACGGGAGUUGGUCGCGCGAUCUUGAUCGAUUGUGAGUUUGCGACGAGGAGGCGGCCGGGGCGGUUGCCCCCGUGGUGGUGACAGUGCAUGUGCCCGAUCGUCCCCCGGCGUGGCCGGGCACGGUGACCGAUGCGACCUGACGCGGCCGGCUCGGCGACGGCGGCAUCAGCAGACGGCGGUACCGAGCCGAGGCCCGAUCGGCGUCGCACGACGGCGUUGGCCAGGAUGAGCGAGAGGAAGUUCACGCGCGGCCUGGGGAAGCCCGGCAUGGCGGCACAGCUGCGGGAGACCGUGUCCCAGGUCGUCCGCGAGAGCACGGUACAGAGUAAGCCGCACUUGGUCGAGCCCAUUGACUUUGAGAAUUUUGUGCUAAAGAAUAAGACGCUGUUGCAAAAUGACCCUCAGCGAGAGCUGCUGCUGUACCCCCAGGAUGAUAUUUCUCAAGUGGUUCUGCCAAGGAGAUAUCGCAGUGUGGUACCGACGGCGCAACAUAUUACAGAAUGUGAGGAAGGAGAGGAGAAUCUCCUAACGAAGGAGUGUCUAUCCAGUUAUACAUCCAAUUGGAAUCUUGUACAUUACAAGUACGCGGCAUAUAGCGGAGCUUAUCUCGAGUUGCCAAGAAUAUCGAAAGCGGACGAUCUAAAGGACGAGGUGUAUGAAAUCGAUACCGAGGUAGACCAGGUAGACGAGGAUUUAACGAAGAAUGACGGUAUAACGAAGGAAGGUUACUUGAUGAAAGGUCCUGAGAUUGGUAGUGCGGAUAGAAUGUUUGCUCAUAUCGGCUCGAAAUCGUUCAAAAGACGUUUCUGCCAUCUCAGACAGGAGGUUGACGGCACUUAUAUACUCGAGUUUUUUAAAGACGAGAGGAAGGGUGAGGCGAAAUUGACAAUAGUGAUGGACUUUUGCACUGAAGUUGUUAGAAAUUCGAAGCGUGGGAGAUUCUGCUUUGAACUACGGAUGAGUGACACUCACAAGUCUUAUACUUUGGCUGCCGAUAACGAGGCUGAUAUGCAAGAUUGGUUAUUGAAACUCAGUUCCGUCUUGCAACAUUACAAACAGCAGGAAGAAAAGCGCGCUGCAUCGCUAGAAAGAACCUGUAAUACACCUCCGCCAUCGCCGCAACCUAUGCAGGUUUAUGGCACACUGAAAGGUCUCGAGCAGAGUAUGAAUCCGCAACUAAUAAAAUAUUCUAGAGAGACUGAUACCAGCAUCGCUUUAGCGAGGAGAGAGAACAGAAAAAGACUGUUCAGCGUGUAUCCUUACAUACCCCAUGCCAAAACAGCUGUAGGACAAUCUGCCGAUAACGUGGACCCUUAUAAGGAGCAAUUCGGCCAUAGGAUCCUCGUCAAGUGCGAAAGUCUUAAAUUUAGACUACAAGCACCUAUCGACGAAAAAGAAUCUCUCUGUCAAGUGGAACCUUAUCAUACAGUGUUGAGCCUUUUCGACGCGAGGACUGGCAGAAAACUUACAGAGAAUUUUCAUUUCGAUAUUAAUCAUGAAAUAGUGCGAAAUAUGACGAGAGAACUUAGUCCUGCAGGAAUUACAACAGAGGAUAUUACUCUUCCUGGGGAAUUGAAGAACAUUCCUUCGGACUGGAUCAAAUAUCCGAAACAAGCUAUAUUCAACAUUAGUAAUCCUCACCCAGAUAUAUUCCUCGUCGUAAGGAUAGACAAGUUACUCCAGGGAAACAUAUAUCAGACCUCAGAGCCAUAUUUGAGAGCUACUAAGGAUCCAAGAUUGGGCUUGAAGGUGCACAAACAAGUCCGAGCAUGUUGUCAAAGACUGGGAAAUUAUAGAAUGCCAUUUGCAUGGGCUGCAAGACCACUAUUUAGAUUGUAUAGCAACGAACUGGAUACAUCCUCGGAUUUCCCAGCAAUAUACAGGCAGGAGGGUCACAAAAUAAAAGAUGAGGAGCUGCUAAAACUUCUUUCUGAGUACAGAAAGCCUGAGAAGCUUAGCAAAUUGACUGUGAUACCUGGUUGGCUGAAAAUUAAAAUAGAGCCUAUUACGGACAUUCCUGAAAAUACAUUGUCGACUUGCCUGGCACCGUUAAAGCCAUUUCCGAUCCCACCAACGGCGGAGCCGACGAUCGAGGUCGCCGAAUUCGAGAGCACUUCCGAGAGGGAUGUGCAUCCGUACACGACGUAUGUCAAUCAUCUGUACGUGUAUCCGCAGACACUCAAUUUCGACAGUCAAAAAAUGUUUACCCGAGCUAGGAACAUAGCGUGCAUCAUGGAACUCCGCGACGACGACGGCGAAAACGUCAAGCCUUUACGAGCGAUUUAUGGGAGACCGGGUUUGCCGUUACUAUGCUUACGAGCGUCGUGCGCCGUGUUACAUCACAGCGCAGUACCUUCUUGGUAUGAAGAAAUCAAGAUUAAGCUACCCACGAAAUUGCACGCAAAACACCAUAUACUAUUCUCCUUUUAUCACAUAAGUUGCGAUAUGAACAAAAAGAAAGAGAACGGCGUUGAAAACUGUGUCGGCUAUGCAUGGGCGCCUUUGCUGCAUAAAGGAAGACUGAACGUGGAUAUAGAAUCGAAUAUCCAGGUAUUGCCUGUAGCGACGCAUUUACCGUCGGGAUAUCUAUCCAUACAACCCCUUGGACUAGGGAAAGGGAACGCAGGGCCGGAUAUCACUUGGAUUGAUUCCCAACGACCAAUCUUCACGGUAUCUUUCCAAUUAAUUUCGACGGUAUUCACGCGGGACCUUCAUCUGCACAAUCUGUUCGUCCACGCUGAACGCAUCUUGGACACAAAGCCCUCGGCGUCGCCCUCGGAUUCGGAAACGUGCAAAAUCCUGAAGGCUGCACACGCGGUUCAACUAGUCACCGUUAUCACGUUUCUCCCAACUAUAUUGAAUCAACUGUUCGUGUUGUUGACGUGCAAUACCAGCCAAGAAGUCGGAUUAUACGUGAUCAGGGUCUUAAUACAUUUUAUAAACAUGGUGCACGAAGCCGGGCGUAAGGAAAUUCUACAAGCGUACAUCAAGUUCGUGUUUGUACUGCCUCCUCUCCGAAAUGGUAACGUCGCGGUUCACGAGCAACUGGCGAAGCAUUUGCCAACUUUGUUACAACCGAGUAAUACCGAUUUUCUAGUUGUGAACAAAUUCAUGCAUCACUCGAGCUUCUUUUUCGAAAUAAUGAUCAAGAGUAUGGCGCAAUAUCUACUGAGUACUGGUAGGAUAAAGAUGCAUAGAAACGAGCGAUUCUCAAAAGAUUAUCACGAGAAGAUCAAGAUGUUAUUAGACGUGAUUAUGCCAUACUUAAUGACCAAGUACAGAGAAAUGCCAGUAGAGACACACGAAUUGAACAAGAGUCUCGCACAAUUUUUAAAGCGAUGUCUCACAUUCAUGGACCGUGGCUUCGUGUUUCGUCUCAUCAAUUCCUACCUGGACAACUUUUCGCCUGGCGACCAACGCACGCUACACGAUUUCAAGUUUACUUUUCUGCAAAUCAUCUGCUCUCACGAGCACUAUGUAUCCUUCAACUUGCCGAUGAUGCAGUCGCGUCUUGCUUCCAGAGAUACUGAGAAUGACACUGAUUGUGAAAGUGAACCAGAAUGCGACGUUGAUUUAAUGAACGAGUAUUGUCUCACGGAAGAAUUUUGUAAGCACCACUUCCUGGCUGGUCUUCUGAUGCAAGAAGUUAGGACUUCCCUCAACGAAAUCGUGCAGAUCCGUAAGGUCGCCAUUGGUACUUUACGGGAUUUAAUGGCGAAACACGAGUUAGAUGAUAGAUAUCAAAAUAAGGGUCAACUGAGUAGAAUAGCAUCGAUUUACAUACCAUGGCUUGGCAUUGUAUUGGAGAAUUUGCAUCGACUGCAGUCGGUAGAGGAGAACGAGAUCAAGAUAGAGAUCAAACAGAAUGGCACUAACAGAGUGUCGACCAGCAGUUCGUUUCUGACAGUGAAGGAUACCGUUGCCAGUUCCACUACCGCGGGUACACCAAAAUCCAUUCACAGACUGACUCUUCACCUGGACACUCAAUCGCCUAUAAGAUCGUCUAUGCAUCUGCGAGAUUCUACCUACUUUGCCGCUAUCGCGGGUCAAGGGUUGGUAAAUGGAUAUUCUUGCACUAGCGUUGAGUCUGAUACAUCGACGGUGUCCGGUGCGUCACAGUCUAACAUUUCCCAAGAGACCGCCAUCGUCAGAGAAUUGCCGGAAAACGGAACGGGCGAGAGAAACAGACAUUCGCGUACUUUGAGUGUGACGCAAUCGUCGCCCAGGUGCGAUAAAUUGCAGCCCUCGGAAGUGAAAGAUAUACUACUUUGUUUCCUAUUCAUUGUCAAGUAUCUAGGUGAUCAUCAGGUGAUCGCCUGGUGGCAACAGUGCAACGAUACGGAAAUACUGAACUUCUUCACAGUAAUCGAGAUGAGCUUACAUCAUUUCAAGUAUAUCGGUAAGAGACAAAUAGCCGCGAAUGCUGCGAGUAAUAUUGGAAAGCCCCGCACUGUCAAAGCAAUGACUUUACCCGCCAGAAUGGCACCGCCAGACUUUACCACUGAAAGUCCCGCUACCAGCACGUUGCAACCUCACAAUACAGUUACUAGAGAGAAUCUGGUUGAAAAUGAUUGCGGCAAAGUAUAUCAAGUUUUACUGGAGGCAAAUAUGGCAACGGAAGUUGGGCUAAUUGCGUUGGAUUGCUUGGGUCUCUUCUGUAUUCAUUUUAAAGAUGUUCUCUUGGCAAAUGAAGGCGACAACGCAGUCAUGCAAAAGUUUUUCAAUAUUUAUUUGUCGUUUCUUCAAGUCGGUCAGUCCGAAACUUUAUUACGUCACGUUUUCGCUGGACUCCGAGCUUUUUUGAAUAAUUAUUCCGUCGCGCUUUUCCAAGGCAAUGCUGUGCUUUGCGGGCGUUUGUGUUAUGAGCUGCUGCGUUGCUGUAACAGCAAGUUGAGUUCCAUAAGGCAGGAGUCCUGCGCUUUGCUGUAUUUGCUCAUGCGAAGUAAUUUUGAGUUUACUAGUAGGAAAGGAUUGACUAGAGUACAUUUGCAGGUGAUAAUUUCAGUGUCCCAAAUGUUGGGCAAUGUAAUCGGUCUGAACAAUUCACGAUUUCAAGAAUCGUUGUCGUUAAUCAACAGUUAUGCCUCUUCUGAUAAAGUUAUGAAGGGAACAGGAUUCCCAGUUGAAGUGAAGGACCUCAAUAAAAGAAUACGAACGGUUUUAAUGGCAACCGCGCAAAUGCGGGAGCAUAAUAACGAUCCUGAGAUGCUGGUCGAUUUGCAACAUAGUUUGGCUAACUCUUACGCCAGCACGCCCGAAUUGAGGCAUACCUGGCUGGAAACGAUGGCUAGGAACCACGCUAGAGAUGGAAAUUUUUCCGAGGCUGCUUGUUGUCAACUACAUAUCGCGGCAUUAAUGGCUGAAUAUUUAAAAUUGCGGAAAAUUCAUCCGUGGGGCGCAGAAGCUUUCGAUCAAAUAUCUGUGAACAUAUCGAAGGACGAGCGUAAUCUCAAACUUGAUGCUGGUGAGAUUUGCAUUCAAGAUAUUCACUAUAACGAAAGUUUACUUCUUGAGCAAUUGGAAAUUUGUGCCGACACAUUGGAGAAGGCCGAGCGCUUCGAAUUGCUUGGGCACUUAUAUCGUUUAAUAGUUCCUAUAUAUGAAAAGAAGAGAAAUUACGAAGCUUUGGCUAAUUGUUACUCGCAUUUGGCGCAAGCCUGUAAUAAAAUUGUGGAGGUAACACGGACUGGAAAGAGAUUGCUCGGGAGGUUUUACAGAGUGGCAUUCUUUGGCAUGGCGUACUUUGAGGAAGAGAAUGGUCAAGAAUACAUUUAUAAGGAGCCAAAAGUGACAUCGUUAUCUGAAAUAUCGGAACGUUUAUUGCAUUUGUAUAGCGAAAAGUUCGGAUCUGAGAACGUUAAGAUAAUAAUGGAUUCUGUACCAGUCGACGUAAGCGAAUUAGAUCCCAAGAUAGCGUACAUUCAGGUAACGCAUGUCACACCCUACUUUGAGAAGACGGAGUUGGAAGUGCGACAAACCGAGUUCGAGCAGAAUCACAACAUAUCUUGCUUCAUGUUUGAGACGCCAUUUACUAAGGAGGGCAAGGCAAGAGGCAGUCCGGAGGAUCAAUGGAAACGUAGAACUAUUCUCACAACGCAAUAUGCUUUUCCGUAUGUGAAGAAGCGCAUCGGGAUUGCCGAGAAACGGAUAGUGGAGCUCAGCCCUAUCGAGGUCGCUUUGGAUGAGAUGAGGCAACGCGUUCAGGAAUUGGAGGAUGUGGCUUUGAUCGGACCGACGGAUGUGAAGAAACUGCAGUUACGUCUCCAAGGUAGCAUUUGCGUAACGGUAAAUGCCGGUCCUUUAGCCUAUGCCUCCGCAUUUCUGGAUCCUGCGCUGUCUCCACAAUACCCCGAUGACAAAGUAGAAGAAUUGAAGGAUGUCUUUAGGGAAUUUGUCAAGAUAUGUUAUACAGCAUUACAAAUUAAUAGCAAACUGAUCACGCCCGACCAACACGAAUAUCAAGAAGUGUUACGUGAGAAUUACCAAAAACUGUGCCAGAGUUUGUCGUCCUUGUUCGGGGAACCAAUAUGGCCGGACGAGCAAGUAGGAAGUUUCAAACGCAAUAGCGCUGCUCUGUUCAGCGCUAUCAGCGGUGCUAACAAUCAUACCAGUACAGCCUAAGUCAAUAAUCUUAGAAAGUUCAUCCAACAGACCUCAGAUUCCUUUAUUUUUUAGCAUAAUAUGUCUCAAGUUCUUCCUUCGCAAGUACAAGCUUGCGAAAUAUUUAUAUCGCCUUGUAUUUUUAUUCUCCUUAAUUACAAAUCUACGAACAAGUGUCUGUAUCAAUUUUGUAACUUUUGCACUGGCCUAAUGGAGAAGACUUUCUAAUCACUGCCAAAUCUUUUAGACGAGGCAUUUACGAAUGUCCCAAAAAAGUCCCGAUUAUACGUAAGGAUAAAUUAUAGUUAAUCUGUAAUUGUUCAAAAAUUUCGACAAAGCCAAUGAGAACUGCUUUUAUCUAUUAAGCUCGCAAUAUGGAUGAUGUAGUUCGAUAAGUUGCGAUUCAACUAGUAGAAUAAGUUGGUUUAUAUACCAGGGCAUUUGUACAGUAUAUCUAUGGCGAGUAAAAAUGUACUGGUACACCUCAGUUCUUUCACUAUGGAUAAUGUUAGUCCAUAAGGCAUUUAAAUUUGAUGUCCGUAUAUAAUCAACUUUAUUAGGAUUUUUGUUUUCAUCCUUUUAUCAAUUAGGAGAAGGAAACUAUAAUCUAAUUAAUUAAUCGACAAAAAUAAUUUAACGAAAUAAGAGGAAGUUAUCCACUUGCGAUACUUGUGGAGAAUCGACACAAUAAGAUUAAUAUUUUACGUGUCUCGAUUAAAUUUAUUUUGUAAUCUAACAAACAGACUUCAAUUGCUGUUUGUGCUUAUUUUACUAAUGACAUAUUAAAUUUUCGCUUUAACCAUAAGCACUGAAUGUACGGAUAAACUUUUUUACCUAGUGCUCCUUGCAAUAUGUAUAAAUGAUGUAUCAAAUACGUAUUUAGACACUUUAUGUAAAAAUUGAUAUUUGUACAUAUAUCACUUGAUUAAUUUCUUGCGUGCGUAUAAGUGCUGUGUAGUCGGCUGUUUUAGAAAUAUUGAAGGGAAAGUAUUAGGUCUUUUAACGCUAUAGAUCGUCGAAUAUUUUAUCCAGCAGUUAUGUGAACUUACGUAUGCGCUUGCACACAAUUAGUAGUACAAAGACGAUACAGAUUGAGUAAUUUCUAUGCCAAUUAUUGGAACUUAUAGAGAAUUAAAUGAAAGUUUGUUUAUAUUUUAGAGAGGAAGAAAGGGCUGUAGCAUUGGCUACAGUUUAUCGAUGGGAAACAAGUCCGACCACUUUGAUACCUUGCGAAUACGCACAAAAGUGAUGUUACAUAUUGAUAAUUAUUUGUGAAAGUGCGAAAUAAAAUUUUAUAAAUCGUGAAUGCGAGCGAGCGAGCGAGAGAGAGAGAG